AUGGAGAAUCCAGCCAGUAACACAGCCGGAACUUCUCCUUGUGAGGCUGAGCUUCAGGAGUUAAUGGAACAAAUUGAUAUCAUGGUAAGCAACAAAAAACUGGACUGGGAAAGGAAAAUGCGAGCUCUGGAGACACGAUUGGAUCUUCGGGAUCAAGAGUUGGCAAAUGCACAGACUUGCCUGGAUCAGAAAGGGCAGGAGGUGGGGUUGCUUCGACAGAAGUUGGACAGUCUGGAAAAAUGCAACUUAGCAAUGACUCAGAAUUACGAAGGACAGCUGCAGAGCCUCAGAGCGCAAUUUUCCACGCUAACUAGUAGCUUUGAAAAACUGAGAUUACACCAGAUGAGACAAAGCAGAUUUCGGAGAAGAGAGGUACCACACCUCAAAGAAGACAUUCCCUUUGAACCAAGCAACUUGAACCAGAAGUUAGAGGAAUUUAGAGCAAAGUCCAGAGAAUGGGAUAAGCAAGAGAUACUGUACCAGUCACAUCUGGUUUCUGUAGAUGCACAGCAGAAAUUGUUGUCUGAGAAGUGUGAUCAAUUUCAGAAACAGGCACAAAAUUUCCAGACCCAAAUAAAUGGCAAGAAGCAGUUCCCGGAGGGCUGCAACUCUGAAAUCCCUCAGAUGAUCUGUGAGACAGAGCCCAGCUUCGAUGCCAGCGAAAAAGACGAGUUCAUUAUCGAGAAGUUAAAGUCAGCUGUGAGCGAGAUUGCGUUCAGCAGGAAUAAGUUACAGGAUGAAAAUCAAAGGCUCUUACAAGAACUGAAAAUGUACCAAAGACAGUGUCAGGCCAUGGAAGCAGGACUCUCGGAGGUGAAAAGCGAGUUGCAGUCCCGCGAUGAUCUCCUGAGGGUUGUGGAAAUGGAGCGGUUGCAGCUGCACAGAGAGUUACUGAAGCUCGGAGAGUGUCAGAAUGCACAGGAAACUAAGAGAAGAUUUGAAUCGUCUUAUUCCCCUUCUGUUAACAGCCCAGAAAAGAAAAAGAAGGAGCUGAUCUCAGUGCUCCCAGAUCCACAGAGUCGAGAGAAAGACUCAAGCACGACCAGAAGCCGGCUAUACCCUGAGGAGGAGCCGGAGCGCAUGCGGGCCGAGAUCUCGGCACUCACGGAGGAGCUGCAGCAGAAGGAGCUCACCAUCGCCAUGGUCAUGAAGAAGGCAGCACUGUUGGAGAGGCAGCUCAAGGCUGAGCUGGAGAUCAAGGAGAAGAUGCUGGCCAAGCAGCAGGUGUUGGAUACGCACCGAGCGACCAGGAUGGAAAGCACGCACAUGAAGGGAAUGAUGGGCGACUUGGACACCGGGCGGCUCCUGAGGAUGGACUUCAGCGGGAGUCACUCAGGGCAUCCAACUCUUAACAAGCUGGAAAGUGAAAAUGAAAGACUCCGGCAUGACCUCGCGAAGCUCCAUGCCUCUGGGAACCCGGCGUGGGCUCCCCAGAACACCUAUGAAGAAGCGGGAUACUGUACGUACCCCAGACAUGCCAGAAUGGACAAGAACGAGAACAGACUUAGCCCCAACAGGAGUGCCACGCCUCCACUGUCCCCUCUGCCGUUCCCGUGCAAGGACAUGAGCGGUGAGGACGCCUGCUUCUCCCUGUCUCCCCCUGAGAUCGCCUUCCCAGCCUCUCUGGCCACACAGCAUUUCCUUCUGGAGGAAGAAAGGCGAGCGCGAGAGCUUGAGAAACUUCUCAAUACACACAUCGAUGAACUGCAAAGACACACAGAAUUCACUCUUAAUAAAUACACCAAGCUAAAGCAAAAUAGACACAUCUGAGCUUUUCAACAUUUUUUAUUUGCUUCCCCCACCCUAAGAAAAAAAAGCUCUGGCCAAAUAUUUAUAAAGCCAACCAAAUGAAACAAAUUCUGAUGUUUUUGUGAGUAAAUCAUUUCUGUAAGGCAGCUAGAGAAUAGCAA